GGUGUGACUGACCGCAAGGGCGAUGUGUGAGCAGGAGCGCUGCUGGGGAAUCAACAACCCGCGCCUUCGGCAGGAGAGAUUAAAGUCCAGUCAGGCAACCAAAGGACUGUCUGCAACAGCAUGAAUCUGUUUGUGGAAAUCCUCCUGUUCGUGGCCACGCUCAUCUACUCCUACUUAGAGGCGUUCGUGAAGCUUUUCGUCCCUGUGAAGAGGAAGUCUGUCAGUGGAGAGCUCGUUCUCGUCACCGGUGCUGGCCACGGUGUAGGCAGAGCGACUGCCCUCGAGUUUGCCAAGCGUCAGAGCAGACUGGUGCUGUGGGACAUCAGCAAGCACGGUGUUGAGGAAACGGCAGCAGAAUGCAGACGGCUGGGAGCCACUGUUCAAGCCUUCGUGGUGGACUGCAGCAAAAGGGAGGAAAUCUACAGCGCUGCAGAGAAGGUGAGAAAGGAUAUUGGGGAUGUCUCCAUCCUGGUGAAUAACGCUGGUGUGAUUACAGCUGCUGACUUCCUCUCAACUCAGGACCACCAGAUUGAAAGAAUGUUUGAAGUUAACAUUCUUGCUCACAUGUGGACCACAAAAGCUUUUCUGCCAACCAUGAUGGAAAACAACCACGGUCACAUUGUCACAGUGGCUUCGGCAGCGGGUCAUUUUGUUAUUUCUUACAUGGUGACUUACUGUUCAAGCAAGUUUGCUGCAGUUGGAUUUCAUAAAGCUCUGACAGAGGAGCUGUCUACCCUGGGAAAGGAUGGAAUAAAAACUACUUGUCUCUGCCCGGUUUUUAUAAACACUGGAUUCGUCAAAAACCCCAGUACAAGGCUUGGGAAGAUUUUGGAGAUUGAGGAAGUUGUCGAGGCCCUGAUGGAAGGAAUACUGACCAACCAGAAAAUGGUUUUUGUUCCAUCACAUCAAAGUGUUGCUUUACUUAUUGAAAAGUUGCUUCCAGAACGUGCCUUGGCUGUCCUGAAAAAGCUCACCAAUGUCAAAUUCGAUGCAGUCAUUGGGCAGAGAAGCAGCCAGUGAAAAGCAAAAAUUGAUUCUCACUUCCCAGUGGCACCAGUGAAAACAGGACAUGGGCUGAGUAUAGUUCAGCUGCUUUGAUUCAGAGCAGAACCAAGAGAGAUGCUUCCAGGCCACCACUUCCAAACACGUCCAAGUGUUUAUCCCACACGUGCAGCAGGGACAUACCCGCAUAACGUGGCGUGUUAACAAAGCAGAGAAGCAGCUCUAGAAGUGUAAAGGGCUGCUUUGGCUGUACAUCACGUCACCUCUAUCUCCAGUUUCGGGGGGACAUGGGUGGCCUGUUUCACCUCAAUUUUGCUUUUUAAAUUUAAAAAUUGCUGUAAUGCACACUGAAUUCCAUGUGCUUUUGUAGCAAGUACAUGAAAUAAUACUGCCUUGUUUGUAACAUACUACGUAAUUACACUGAUUAUCAACUCUGCAUUAGCACCAUCAACAUGCCUUAUUCUGAAUAAAUACAGUUCUCUCUCUAACCCAAAA